AUGGAGACCGAAAAGCUAGUUAUGUUAGUACGUGAAAGGCGUUUUUUAUACGAUGUAAAGGACAACGAUUACAAAAACCAAGGAAAAGUAGCCGAAGCAUGGUUGGAAAUUGCCAGAGAAAUGGGAAACGAAAAUGGUAAACAACGGGCUACAAAAUGGAAAAGCAUGAGAGAUAAUUAUAAGAAGUUCAAAAAGUCAACAGAAACGGCUUCUGGAUCUGCAUAUAAAAAAUACCAAAAAUGGCCGUGGGCAGAUCAGCUGCGAUUUUUCAGAUGA